CCCCAGUCGGUUGACCCCCCUGAGUUGGGAGCUGCUGGCAGCGGCCCGCAGUCCAGCACGAGCCGCCGAGCCGAGCCGACCACGCAGCGUCUCGCAGCUCCGCGCCACUUGUUGACAAACGGGACACGAUGCUGCCUCAGCUGAACCACUGCUGCUGCGGCUGCUCCCUGCAGACGGGAUCCAUCCUGAUCGGCGCCUACCAGCUGGUACGAGGCUUAUUCGAGAUGAUAAGUGAAAUCCUUUUAGGUAUCGCAGGAGGUCGUCACGGGUACGGGUGGGAAUACCUCUGGGACGGUUUCCCCUACAUUGAGGCCAUUCUUGGAAUUCUCAAGAUCAUCGCCGCUCUAGUGCUCAUCUUCGGAGCCAACAAGGAACGCCAUCGGCUGAUCUUCUGGUGUCUCAUCAUCAACGUGGCUCUCCUCAUCAUAGACGCCGCUCUGUUCCCGUUGACCAUCGUCAUAUUCUUUGUGUAUGCGAAUACCGUUGAUGCGGUCGUCACUCUACUGCUUGGUCUCGGAGACUUCGGUCUGGAACUGUACUUUCUGUGGGUGGUAUUCAGCUACUACCGCAUCAUAGAGGAGCGAGCGCCGGGCGUCGUGGCCUCCGUGUAACACGGGACAGCUGCCAGCCGUGCUACGGUGGUACGGCGGGCACGUCUACAUCGGGACGAUGGAGCACCAGAAGCGCCAAAUCGCCAGCCGAAGUCCUGCGUCCUGGAGGGAGAAGUUGCUGUCGGCGUAACGCAACAGUGAUACCCACGUCACACACAUGACAAAGUCAACCGUUAUUCUACUCGUAUUAGUUUGCUAGGCAAAAUCAUGUGCAGCACGAAUUUCAUGUUAGUCAAAUGACUACUAAUAUUAUGUUCCUGAUCCAUCCACUAUCACCCACUGAUCCAAACACUAACAUUAUUCGUACUUGUAUGACUCACUUUCAAACACUAUAUUACAAUAACGCGAAGCAUUAUGGUCAGGUAGAAAGUUUGUUAAACUUAUUAUAUAAUUGAAACAUUCUUUGCAAAAUUUACUUCCAGUCAUAGGCGUCUGCAUGACGGGGAGGAGCAGAGGUAAUCCGGAGUACAGAGUCUUUGCUCAUUACAUACACUGUAGAUAAACAUCGAUUCUAUGAGAUGUAACAAGACUUCGGUAUCAACUGUAAAAUUUAGUUCUUGUGGCAGGAAAAGUAUCGAAACUGACAACCCCAUUUAUAGCAAAUACGAAAAUUUAUAACAUCCUUCCUCCUCCCUUCCACAAAUAAAUUUAGGCGAACACCCAUGGGCCCAAUUAUAAUACAUACUAUAUAUUAUAUUUAUGUGACAUUAUUCCCAGUGAUAAAAGUAGCUUGUUUCCAAAUAUUUUCCUGCUCAAUUAAGUGUUCCGUAUUGUAGAUAAUAUUAUUAUGUAAAUAAAUUCCAAUUAACUAAAUCAAUGACACCAUUAUGCCAAAUGUCACUUUGGGGUGUCUAACUUACCUCUCUAAUACCUGGUCUCCUGCAAUGUGAACAAACAUCUUCAUUGUACAGAUCAUUCUUUAAUGACAGCAGAAUAAAACAUUGUUGAUCCCUUA